UAGGGUUCACUCCAACACCAGACCCCCGCCCGGCCCCACCUUUAUCUGGCUUGUGCUUUGUCGAAGUCUGAAAUAAUUAUUUUAAACUUCACCUCCAUGUGCGGCGGAGUGAUCCCCACAGUCGGUUUAGUACACAGACUGAGUGAUGAGGCAUCUGAAUGUGCAGGCACAAGACUUUCUAGUUCCUUAACCAUUUUAAAAUAAAUUAAACAAUAACCGGCCUGCCAGCGCCGCGCGCACUGUUUUAUAAUUUCCCUCCGUACGAUGGGUUUACUAUUUUGAUGUAUCUUUAAUCGGGAGCCGAUAUCUUUCCUGUUGGGGGGACCCGCGGUGAGGGAUGUGCGCGUGAAGCGGGCGGACAGGCCCCAUGCGCGGCCUGGUCGCUGUCGCCGUCCGCUCUCUGCCCUCGGCCGCUUUACAGCGACUGGCUGCCCGCUUUUCCUCGAGCCGGAGCCGGGGCCGGGGCCCGAGCCCGGGCCGGACGGCCAUGCAGACCGCGACUGUCCGCUGCGUCCCCACCGAGGCCAAGCUGACCAUCUCGCUGCGGCUCGGGCCCGAGGGCGGAAGCCAGCGGCAUCUGCAGCGGGAGCAGAGCGAGAGCCUGCAGACGGCGCUCGGCCGCAUCGCCCACAAUCUGGUCAAAGCGCAGGCCAAGAAGCCCAGGAAAGGCCGUAAGGAGGCCGCGGCCUCGGACCCGGACCCGGCCCCGCCACAGGCCUCGGCCCCGCCAGUGAUCCUGUACCAGGGAGACCAACCGGUUCCCGGGGACACAAGGAACGCCGAGGCCUGGCAGGAUGGAGCUAUCUUACAGGUGGGCGAGUCCAGGUACCGAGUGGAGAGAAACCCGCCCACCCUGACCCAGCUCCGGUUGCCCACCUCCAUCUUGGCCGGCUUCCCGGUUUGCCCCAAGGUGGAAGUGGAGUUCGGGGAGGCCUCGCACUCCUUGUUCGAGUGGUGGCUGAAGGAGGCAGCGGGGGGCUGGGAGCCGGCGGCUAACGGCCGGGUCUUCACGCCCAGCAACGGCCACGUCGGCCUGAGGCUGAAGCUGAGAUGCCAACCGGGCGACGAGCGGCGCUUCGGGGCGCCGGUGGAGCUGGAGAGUGCCGGCGUGGUGGAGGCCGGCCCGGGGGCUUGUACCUUUGACAGCCGCCAGUGGCUCACCCGCCGGGCCCUGGAGGAACCGCUGGUCCGGGUGGUUUCUUACAACAUUCUAGCCGACGUGUACGCUCAGACCGAGCUCUCCAGAAAUACCCUAUAUCCCUACUGUCCGCCCUAUGCACUCGAGCUCGAUUACAGGCAGAACCUCGUCAAGAAGGAGCUCAGCGGCUACAACGCCGACAUCAUCUGUCUCCAGGAGGUGGAUAAGAGCGUGUUCGCCGACAGCUUGGUCCCGGCCCUUGAUGCUUUCGGCUUUCGGGGAGCGUUUCGCAUCAAGGAGAAGCAACACGAAGGCCUCUCGAUUUUCUUCAGAGCCUCCAAGUACCGGCUGUUGAGUCAACAAGAUGUGACCCUAAGUGAGGCUUUGGUUUCGGACCCUUUACACGCCGAGAUUUUGGAGAAGAUUUCCACGAAUCCCAAAGUCAAAGAAAAGGUUUUGCAGAGAUCAACCACACUCCAGGUUUGUGUACUUGAGUCUCUUAAAGAUCCAUCAAAGAAGUUGUGCAUUGGUAAUACUCAUCUCUACUGGCAUCCAAAGGGAGGCCACAUUCGCCUUAUCCAGAUAGCAAUUGCUUUUCGUCACCUUCAACACGUUACAACAGAAAUGUACCCUGAUAUACCAGUAAUAUUUUGUGGUGACUUCAACAGCAGCCCAAACUCAGGUUUGUAUGAGUUUGUCACCGAGGGACAUGUUUCUGCUGAUCACCCAGACUGGACUUCAAAUGGCGAGGAAGAAUGUUGCAGCAUGUCGAUUAUGCACUCCUUUAAAUUAAGAAGUGCUUGUGGAGAACCUGCUUACACAAAUUAUGUGGGUGGUUUCCAGGGUUGUCUGGACUAUAUUUUUGUGGAUAUGAAUAUGUUUGAAGUUUUUCAAGUUAUUCCUUUUCCAAGUCAUGAGGAAGUCACCUGCCAUGUGGCUCUGCCAAGUGUUUCCCACCCAUCAGAUCAUAUUGCAUUGAUCUGUGAUCUGAAGUGCAAAUAAAUUGUAGGCCUCCUCUAACUUAACUACUAAUAAGGUCAAUCCAUUAUUUGAGGUUGUACAUAUCCAAAAUUGUUAACUUCCAGAAGUUAUCAGUAUCUAUAAAAGAAAAUAAAUGGACGGUAAUGUUUUACAUAGUGAUCUUUGUUAAUAACUGCCUGAAGCUAACAAACCCAUUAUUCCUCUAGUUUGGUGUUUGUUUUUAAAUGGUCUUAAUACAAUGCAAUCCAAUCAACAAAAUGGAUAUUUUUAUAAACUAAAGACCAAAACCAGAAUGGAGCAACUACUGGAUUUGUUUUGAUGCAAGAAGUUCACAUUUUACAGAAAUAUUGUGGGCAGUCUUACAGAAACAGAUUCUGAACAGAACAUUGUUAUAAUUUAAUACUGAAAAUAUGGAUUUAUGUACAAAUAAAAUGUGGGCAAUGGUGAAUUAGUGGCCCCUUCCCUAUCACUCUUCCAAAAUAAAAGGGCAGCAAAAUAUCAAAGAGGUUAUGGUUUUUUUUACCACCAAUUUCACCUUGUGUAACAGUCUGAAUAAUAAAUUUUUAAAACUUUCAUUCAACUAGAGAUCAUGAAUGCAAAAUUAAUUAGCCUUGGGUAAUACUGCAUCUAGAAAAGUGCAAAUGUAAAGCUCAAUUAAAAUCAACUUUCAAUUGAGAAAAAUGGUAAAUAAAUUU